UUUAUUAAUGAGUUUAAAAAGUUUGCUAAACAAUGGUUGCGCUAAACACAUAUUGUUGUCCACAAACCUAUCGGCAGCGGCAGAGAUGAUGACACCGAUAUAUACACCGCGGAUGUCUAGACCAUCGGUGAUGGCAUCGGUAGCUAAACGAUGGGCUUGGAUGCUAUCGGAUCCGGAAAAUGUCGGUACAAGACAACAGCACAUCAACUUUGACACAUUGGGAACCUGGGAUAACCGGAUCGACUUUAAUCUACUAUUAAAGCCAAGUAUAAAACAUGGAAAACCUAUACCAAAGAUAUCGACCGAAAAUGUUGGGUUUGCCUCAGCUCUGGGCCGAAGAACCACUAAUGAAGAUAUCUAUAAUGUUACAGAGAUUAACACCGAUUUACUAUAUUUUGCUGUCUUCGAUGGUCACGGAGGACAAGCCUGUGUCCAGUAUUGCAAUGAAAAUAUGAUAAAUCAUAUCAAAUAUUGGUUGGAAAGACAGGAAAAAGAUUUACAACUGAUUCUCGAAAAGGCAUUCAUCGAAGUCAACAACUCUUUUGCCCGAUUUGUUACUUAUAAUCCAUUUGUUGAAACUAAAAACUCGUUUUCGGGAACUACGGCUACAGUUUGUUUGUUGAGGAACGGUAUCGAACUGGUGGUCGGACACUGUGGUGAUAGUCGGGCACUGCUUUGCCGUAAUGGUCAAGUGAUGCGGCUGACCAACGAUCAUAACGCCAAUGUUAAGGCAGAAAAAGAAAGGAUUGUCAAAAGUCACGGAUUCAUCAAAAAUGACAGUUUAGGUGUCGGUCUGGUCAACGGUAGACUAGCGAUGACCCGUAGUAUCGGCGAUCUUGACCUCAAACCGUACGGUGUGAUUGCAUUGCCCGACACCCGAUCUAUUGAAAUAAAACACGGAAAGGACGCCUUCGUUAUACUGACCACCGAUGGUAUCAAUUACGUGAUGAGCGAUCAGGAAGUGGUCGACGCUGUCCAAAGUUGCGGUCAACCAUCAGAAGCGGCACAGUUUGUCACCGAUCAGGCCCUACACUAUGCCUGUCAGGACAACGCCACUGCACUGGUAGUACCGUUCGGUGCGUGGGGUAAAUACAAGAACCAUCGGAACAGUUAUAAUCAGUUCUAUAAUUUUGGCCGAGAAUUAUCAAAUAGUACCAGAUUUUAG